CCAAGCAUCAUCAUCACCACCACCACCGCAUCACCACCACCACAUUACCAUCGCCACCAGAUAUACACCAUGCAGCCAGAGUGGAUCCCCGCGAGUCGACGCCCGCACGACCCUCCCCCUCCACCACCCGGCUUCCCUCGCACCUCGUGGCCAGCCGAUGGCUUCAGCCACCCGCCGUUCUCAGACUCGGCGGACGCGCUCCCCUAUCGGCUCCGAUGGGCGACGCGGACGGCGAGCCUGCAUCUUGCCAAGUGCCUGGAGGCCGCGAAAGAGUCUUCAUCGGCACCGGUGAUCUCGGCCGACUGCUUCAACCUCGCCGUGCUCGAUAAGGCCAUGGAGAUCCUCCACCAGUGUGCGAACGUAUCUGAGUGGCUCAAGGACUCGAAUCACAGCAUUCAGUUGGCGGAAAAGAUGGCCCGCGACAGUGGCGUCAGCAUUGUCCCGUGGGAGACGCUGUUCAAAACCAUCCGUCCUGCGAUGACCUGCACCAUUGAGCCUGGCAUCGACACCAAGACUAGGGUCCGUGACCCUCCACCGUACGACUUAAGCAUCCUCGGUGUCUACGACCCCGACGCUCAUGUCGAGCCCCGCGCAAACUACUUUGUGACAUACCGUGUCAAUCCGAAGGACCCAGACGGCGACAUGAUCAUUGACCGUGGCAAGAAUCCAAGGCCGCAAUUUACCCCGCAAGACAUCGCCGAUAAGCUCUUCAAUGCGCCGUCAUCGCCGCCCCCGGGCACGCCAGAUCUCUCGGAAAGCGCGUCGGCCUCGUCCUCGCCAGCUCAGCCCGUGUCGGAGCGCGUUUCGUCGCCACCCGCCGUUCCCACCGUGGGUCUCGACAGCAAGAACUGAUCGACGCGCCCGUGCCCCCUUGUCGCCUUCGCAACCCCUUGUCCCUUUCGCAAUUCAUCGCAAUUCAUCGUCGCCAUUCCAGUCUCCAUACUGCCGCACGCCCUGUCUUCAUACUGUCCCACACCACAUGUCUCCAUAGUCCACAUGUAUAGCUGUCACAUAGG